AGAACUGAGUUUGACGGCAGCAAGUGUGCGUCUCCAGUUUCGCGGAGCUGUUGGGUCCGGAAUAAACUCCAAUAUGGAAUAUACGCACAACGUUUAAAGUCAAAAGACUUUUUCUGUUUUGUGUCCUGAAGGAAUCUGCUCAUCUGGUACGAAAGAUGGAGAAAGAUUUACCAUCAACACCCUCAGCUGUCACCACCCAGAGGUCACGUCCCAUCCUGGAUGGACCCUCUCAUCCCUCCCCAGGACAGAUUCCUCCCUCGCCUGUCUCCAGUAGCCACUCUGCUGCUCCCUCCCAGCAAAACAAAUCUCCAUCCUCUCCAGAAUCCAAAAAACCUUCUUCUCCACCAUCCACACAUCCUAAACCGAUGGAUUCCCCUACAUCUUUAGAGAAACCUUUAUCUCCUAAAACCACAUCUACAACUGUUUCAACUAAACCUCCCGUCCCUGCCCCAAACAAAACACCGCUCGCAACCUCUUCCAACGCCUCUACCCCUCAAAUCCCCAAAACUCCAUCCUUUUCCAAGCUCAAAUCUGCCUCCUUUGCAUCAUCCUGUAGCACAGAUUCACCUCCUCCUUCCCCCACUACAGCUUCCGCAUCUUCUUCCACUCCCCCUACGAAACGCACCUUUGCUUCCAUGGCCAAGAAGGUAAUAAUGCAGGAAAGACUAAGAAAAGCAGAGGAAGAGGAUGCCAACGAAGAUGAGGAUGAUGGAGAACCAGAGGAGGAUUUGUCUGUGGAGCAGAUCGAGGGGAAGGCCAAAGCCGGCGAUGCCAGAGCUCAGCACAGAUUGGGUCAGCACUACUUGAUUCUUGCCGAAGAGAAGGACACAGAAUUGAAUAAUUGUCUGGCUGUUAAUUGGUUGAUUCAAGCAGCUAAACAGGGAAGAAAGGGUGCAGCGAGACUCCUGCAGCGCUGCUGGAUCCAGAAAAAAGGAAUCACUCCGGAGAAUGAGGCUGACGUUCGCAAGUUGUCAACAGAGAGUAAGUUUGAGCUGGCAGUACGCAAAGCGGCCAUGAUGAUGUACUGGAAGCUCAACCCAGACAGGAAGAAGAAGGUGGCUGUGUCUGAGAUGCUGGAAAAUGUCAGCCAAGUCCACGCAGUGCCGGGUGGCACUGCAAGCAGGAUUCCUGCCCCGACUUCAGGCCAGACCCAGAAAGUGCUGGAAAGCAUGGUCAGCAGUGAAUCCAGACAGCUGGUGGACCUGGAUGACUUUGUUGAGAUGACAAAAAAGUACGCACAAGGCAUUGUCCCCUCUAGUCCCCAAAGUGGCAACCAGGUCACAGCCAAAACAGAAAGCCUUGCACCGCAUGAUCAUGGCGGGGAGCACAAGACAGAGCUUAUCCCAUCAGGAUUCAAGAAGUCCCACAGAAGUUCUUGGAGUUUCGGAGGUGGGAUGAUGCUGGACACCAAGCAGACCGGUGCCAUUCAAAAGGCCAUGGACGUGAAAUCACGUCUAAUGAUGCUGCAGUACCCAUUGCAUGCUGUUGUAGAGAUGAAGGAGCACCUGGUCGACUGGGCAUCGCGGGCUGGAGUCCAGUGGCUGAGCACCGUCAUCCCCACGCAACACGUCAAUGCACUUAUUUUCUUCUUCAUCAUCAGCAAUCUGACAGUGGACUUGUUUGCCUUUGUCAUCCCUCUGCUUGUCUUCUACCUCUCCUUCAUCUCCAUGAUCAUCUGCACUCUGCGUGUUUUCCAGAGCAGCAAGACUUGGGAGAACUUCAGUGCCCUGACUUCUCUGCUGACACGUUUUGAGCCUGGCCUCGAUGUGGAGCAGGCAGAGACAAACUUUGGCUGGAACAACCUCGAACCAUACCUCUACUUUAUCCUCUCCGUCUUCUUCGUCAUUUUCUCCUUCCCCGUCGCUGAUAAGAACUGGAUCCCCUGCUCCGAGCUCUCCACUGUGGCUGUCUUCUUCACCGCCGUCAGCUUCCGGAGCCUCAGCCCAACUGCUGCUACAUAUGCACGGCGGGCAAUGGCCAUAGAGGUAGCCUCGUCUCUGUGUUGCCUGACCCAAUUCCUGCCGGAGCACAUGGCGGUGCUUCGUUUACUGGGACACACCUUCUCUACUCUGCCACUCGGGGAGUCUGUGGUGCUGAAGCUCAGUCUCCCUUGCCUGUUGUACCUUUACCUGUUCUACCUGUUCUUCAGCAUGGCGAGGAUGCGUGGUUUCCGGGGGAUUUACUGCUUCUUGGUUCCGUACCUCGUGUGCUUCAUGUGGUGCGAGUUCUCAGUGGUGCUCCUCCAGAAUUCGUCUCCAGUGGGUCUGAUCCGCACCUGUGUGGCUUACUUCCUCUUCCUGUUUGCGCUGCCCGUUCUGGCGUUCGGUCUUGCCACCAUGCUCUUCAUCCAGAUCUUCAAGUGGUUCCUUGAGCUGGAACUGACAAAGGUGAUCGUGACCUUGGUGGUCUGCGCAAUCCCCGUCACCCUGCGGCUCUGGACGCGGUUCAGCAUGUCUAUUCUGGAUGUCUUCCGCUCAUUCACGCACCGCGGCCCGGUCAAACUCAUCUUACUCUGCAUCUCCAUGGUGAUCCUGUUGUUCUCCAUCUAUGUGUACCACGCAGAGGGACAGAAGGUGUAUAACUCCACCCUGACCUGGAACCAGUACAGCCAAGCUUGUGGGCCUCCUUCUUGGGAAAGCAAAGGCAUGGCCCAAACACAGAUCUUUUGUAGCCACCUGCACGGUCACCGAGUCACCUGGGCUGGGCGCUUCAAGCAUGUUCGUGUGGCAGAGACAGAAAACGGGGCGCAGUCUGUCAUCAACAUGUUGCCGGUGUUUAUGGGCGACUGGUUGCGCUGCCUGUACGGUGAGACGUAUCCCAAAUGUGAGCCAAAGAAUGCUACGGUUGCAAACCUGACAGCUGCAGGUGCGGCAGCCAGUUCUGCAUCGGCAACUGUUUCACUGCCCGUGCUGCUUCGAAUGCAGGAGGAGGAAGAGUUGUGUCAGAUCAAGGUUCUGGCCAAACACACAUGCCAUAUCAAACGCUUUGACAGCUACAGAUUUGAGGUGACAGUGGGGAUGAUCCGGGACGGAAGUGCAGAGACAGAGGACCCAGCCAGGGAUAUAAUCUUAAUGGCCAGCCAUGAGUUCAGACAGGUUCUGCUAAAUCUGAGCCCUGGUAAUAUGGUGGAGUUCAGCACCAAGCUGGAGGGCCGUCUGGGAGCCAGAGCUCCGGCCUUUGAGCUGAAGGCCAUCCACUGCCUGGACUGUGUUUCCUCACUGCUGACUGGAGGCAGGCAGGUGAAGAUAGAGAGAGACUGGAGACGUACCACGAUGAGAGCCCUGAAGUUUGCAUUUGAUUUCUUCUUUUCUCCGUUUCUGUCAGCAAAAAUCACUGCCUGAGAAGAAAAACAAGCCAGGGGCACUAAAGUAAUGAUAAUUACUUGAAUCGCUUCAGGAUGUUUGCUUUUUUUUGGUGAUGUGGUUACAAAUGUAACUUAUAUUAUUGUUUACAAAUUGAUCUGUGGAUCUCCAGCUCUUAUUUAUAUACUGACAUUUCAAGAAAGUGAUCAUUUCUGAAAAAUGUUUCAGUAUUUUUGAUAGUUCUUAUUGUUAGUGCAUGAGUUUACAAAGAUUUUACUGUUUCAGUUCCUGUACAGCGGUUCAAGGAUGGUCAGAACUUUUGCUAGAGCAAAGUCUGUGAGAUUUUAAAAGUCUUUUUUUUUUUUGGUAUUUAUAGUGAAAAAUAUAUACUUUUCCAGUACUGUGAUGACUAAAAAUGAAAAUGUGCCAAAUUAUGAUGGUCCCAAAUUAUAUGCAGGGAAGCUAAUGCUGGGUGCUGACCACCUCUGAAUACUAGAGAUAGUAGUAAUGAUGAUGAUAAUAUAAAUUAUAUAACAUUUGUUAGAAAUAUUAUAUUACCUGAGUAAAUUAUUAUUAUUUUUUUUGAUCAAACUAUGUUGCUGCUUUUGUAUUUCGGAAAAUCUUAUGUGUAUGGCGACUAUGUUUGCAUGUACGGUAUGUGUACCUUUGUGUGUUUUUACAUAUUUAAAUGCAUAUUUACCUAUUUAUUUAUAGGUGUUAAUGACAUACAUUGUGAGGCAGAAUAUUUAUUUUUGGCACACGCUAUUGGCCAAUAUUUUGCUUUCUGGUCUUAAAGCUUUCUGGUCUUAGUUCUAUUUUUAAUUGAGGGUCGGAGCUCCAAUUUACAUAAAAUUAUUUUUAGUGAGCCAACAUAAAACAUUGAUCUUUUGUUUUAGGUUUACAGUAAACCUGCAGACUUUUUCCCUGUAGCUGUAGUUGCAUUUUGUAUUACACACUCUCACACCAAAGUGCCACAAGUUAUAGUGUUUGGUCAAACCACACAUCAUGUCAGUUAAGUAAAGAUUGAUUUUCGAGUAAAUCACUAGUCCUCACAUUACUAGGUCUUAUAUUGCCAACAAAAAAAAAUUGUCAUGUUCAUUCCAUAGCGAUAUGGGUUGGUGGUGGAAAUAUUAAAAUUGAGGUGAUUUACAGGGGGCCUUUUAAAUGGCUAGUGUAGAGACAUUUAUGUUGACUAAAUAAGUGUCAGCUGUUAAAUUAAAAAUAAUGUAUCUCCAAAUUAAGUGAUUCAGGAUUUUUUAAAUGAGGAUAGAUAGUUAAAAUACAUUUCUUCUUGUAUAUUCUAAAUAUACAAAACAAUUAUGAUUAAAUUCUUACUAUCUAAAAAAAAGAAGGGUAAAAAAAACGAGGUUGAUUUUCAUUGAGAUACUUGUUCUUUACAGGACAGUACCACUGGCAGUGCAUGAAAAUCUUCUUACUUCUACACGCUGUUAAACUGUAACCAUAAAGUACUUGUGAAGGACAAUUGCUGAUUGUUGAGUCCGUAUACUGUGAAUGUGAGUGUCUUUGUAUCUAGUGAUGGAGCUACUUGGGUGUCAGUUAAUAUUAAAGUGCUUGACUGAAAGGUUGUAUCCAGACUAAUAGUCAGAAAUGAUUUUAGUGAUGAGAAAAUAAGGUGAUCUAUUAAAUGCAGGCAGACAUAACAAGA